CGAAGAAAUAUAUCGGUUACAUUCAGCUCACGAGGCUAUCACUCGUUUACACUCUCAAUUGUCGCACGCAGCUCGGUUGUUUAGGAGGAACAUGAUCUCUUCCUGACGACAUUUAGUAGGAAGCACGCUGUUCUAGUGCUAUACUCUGGUUUAAAUAUAUACUAGCCUCGCGCCGCCCGCCCAUUAUCAGCUAUGACUAUGAGUGCGGGAUACACAGUUUCUCCCGCAUCGCUCGACGUCCGCGAUUCCCUUAAGGACCGGGCGCAACAAACCCACCACGACACCCAUUACAACUACCAUUUUAGCAACAAUAACAACAAUCAGAAAGGUCCCGUCACGCCUGUCGAGUCUCAUCUACUGUCGCCAUAUUCUUCCCACCUUCAAAGCAAUUCUGCCUCUCCUACGGGCAAUUUCAACACCCCCGCAGACUCUGUAUCCACCGAUAUCUACCAGUCGAGUGACCUCAGUGGUAGCGAAUUUGGUGACGCCUUCCUUACCGUCGACUACAACAACGUCGAUUUGCCUCAAUUCCUAAACAGCUUCGACGACCCGCAAGAUUCCCUAAAUCAUUAUACACAAGAUCAGGACAAUGGUGCUAUAAAUGUUAGAUAUCCUUUGAGCCCUCACUUGACGCCUUGUAUACCGUCGACCUCGGCAUUCAGCAGUGGUCUAGAUGCUAGUGCCGACUUUGGGACUUCGGCGCCAGCUCAGCAAUUCCCGAACCAAGCCCGACCUUCUACGAAUUCCAUUGACUCAAACCAAUCCGCGCCACAGCUGACGCCUGAUACUAAUGGUGGUAGUUUUUCAAGUGAUGACAACCCUGCAUUAACUACUCUCGCUAUGGCUACGCAAAGUCCGCGUGUGACUGUCUCCAUGUGGAAUCGGGAUGAAGAGGCUCCGGUGCAAGGUGUUGAAAGAUCUUUCACUGCGGGCGCUGAAAGUCCUCGGACUGUGCACGCCUCACACGCCUCACACACCUUGGCAGGCGAUUUAGCUGGGCAACCCACCCAUGAAAGCAUAGAAAGUGUUUUGCGAGACGCGCACGGCAGCUGGAUACCAAACACUGCUGGUGGAUAUCGGGGUCUUGCUCCUGGAAACCGUCCUUCUGACGAGGUCCCAAGCCCUAACCAGCAAGCGUCUCGCAGAGAACGCGAGGAGAAGAACAAAGAAGUCUUCGAUUGGGUUUCUUGGUCGGCCGGUAACCCAAAUGACCUUUCUGGUGGACCGGAUGGCUCUUCUAACAUAGUUGCUGGCGGCCAAGACUCGGACGACGACAAUAUACCCACCGGCGAAAUUUCCCUUGGAGAUACGACCGAGAAUAGACACCUCCCUGGUCAGGCAUACCUUAAUGUAGACGCUCCUGGCGGACCCCUCACGCAAACCGACUUCGAUAUAAUGCGACAGCUCCCAACUUGGGGUGAUGCGCCGACCAUUCAUGCCAUCCAGUCCAAUUCUCAAUACCAACCGGCAACGUCACAAGCUGCCAUUGAAAAAUUCCAGCGGCAAUGUCAAGACAAUGAAUCGAUUGUUUCAAGAGCAGCUACUUGGGGAACUCGACGGAGAAGCUUGCCCAGUCUUGUGGACAUGGAAGGUAUAGUCAGUGGAAAUUUCUUGAAAAAACUAUCUAUCAGCGGUCAUACCCGUCGUCCAAGUUUCAUCAAAAGGUUUCCUAGUCUUCGGAAGCCCAGCCCCAGUCAAAUAUUGAAGCGUAAGAAUAGCAAUGCUAGUGAUAUGUCGCCAGAAGAACUCGAAGACCAGGAGCGUCGCCGGGAGUCUAAGGAUACACUGGCACCACCGUCGCGCACUUCUAGUUGGGGGAUUAGUGGGAUUGGUGGUAUCAGCAAGAAGCCUACGCCUUCUCUGAACACCGCUUUAGUUGGAAUCGCUACUGGCGCUGCCUCUAUCGGUACCACCCAUGCCCGAAGCGGUUCGAUUAGUGCAACAUCGAUGACUUCUCCUAAGAGCCCAUUCGGAUCUCUUAGUGUACCACCUAUGAAGAAUACACUCACAAGGAGGAGGAGCAAAACGGAGCUUCCGAAGGGAUCCAACCCAGAGAAUAUAAUUGGAAUGCUGAAGAAACAGGGCGGCCCACCUGUUGCUUCACUAGCAAGAACCCAUCCUGCACCAGAACAAGACGAAGACGAAGACGAUGAUGAUGAGGGUUUCGACGACGGCGAUAUUAAGACUGAACCAAGCAAAGGACAAAUCAUUGAGCCAACAAAUGCGGGUUUCCGGAGCCAUAUCAUGGAAUUGAAUCCUCAGUUCCCGCGCGAGAACAGCUGGUUGGCUGACCGUAUUGCAUAUCAAAUGGUUAUGCGUUAUAAGCAGCUUCAAGGUGCUAAGGUCAAACACUUGGGUCAGGUUAAUCAACGCAAGUGCCCAUGUGGUACGUUGUGCCUUUCACUUGGCGGAUCAGCCGUUCCCUUAGAUGGAAGAGGAGGUGAACGAGGUGUCGAUCCCUUGUCAGCUCGGCCUGAUUCUUCUGACGGCGACACGAAUCCUCUCGAGGGCGGUAUCAACUCGGAAAGCUUUCCUCUUGGUAUUCCUAUGCCCCCGACCAUGUCCCUCCCAGCGGAAUUCGAGUGCCAGCUGUGCUUCACGAGCAAGAAAUUCCAAAAACCAUCCGACUGGACCAAACACGUCCAUGAGGACGUCCAGCCGUUCACGUGUACUUGGGAAAAGUGCCGUGACCCAAAAAUGUUUAAACGAAAAGCUGACUGGGUUCGUCAUGAAAACGAAGGCCAUCGCCACCUUGAGUGGUGGUUAUGUGACGUAGACGACUGUCGGCACGUAUGCUACAGACGCGACAACUUCCUGCAGCAUCUCGUUCGUGAGCAUAAGUAUACUGAACCGAAGAUCAAGACGAAAGCCGCCAUCAAGAAGGCUGGUGGCGGUGACCGUACUUGGCUGAAAGUGGAGCAGUGCCACGUUGAGACACAAGUAAAGCCGUCCGAAGAGCCUUGCCGAUUCUGUCGAAAGACGUUCCCUACCUGGAAGAAACUGACAGUCCACUUGGCAAAACACAUGGAGCAUAUCAGCCUCCCUGUUCUAGACGUAGUGAAAAGGAAAGAACUAGACGCGGACACAAUAAUCAGCCCAAUCCAAGACCCUCCUCGCCCUAACUUCCCGAUAUCUUCAAUCAAACAGGAACAUUCGCCGUUUAUUCCGCAAGGCGCUAGUACGUCAUCAAAUCCUAUUCCGAUGGACUACAGCCCAGGAAACCUCAGCUUUGGCAUGCCAAAUAUGUCACUUCAAACGUCCUACUUCGGUCAGCACCAGAUGGCUCAACAGUAUGCUGAUAUGUCUCCCAACCCGGGGGCUAACUUAAUGGGGCCAAGUUAUAACAUCCAUCAACCUCCACAACCUCAGUACCAUCCGCUGCCAGUCACCACAGGCCCCUCUUAUGGUUCUUCUGCGAAUGCCUACAUGAAUAUACAAUCUCAGCAAGAAGGACUGGAGCCAUUCCCGCAGCUCGAUCUCAAUCCUCUAGGGAUCCAGGAGCCUGGUGGAUCUUUUGGUUAUGAUAACCUCGGGAAUCCUACCAUGCAACCUGUCGAGCAGUAUGGCAAUCACCCGGGUUCAGUCUCACCAUACAGCCACUCACCCCACCAAGGCCACGGCUCCUUCUAUAACCCAUGAAUGAUAGACCAAUUUUUUUUGUUUUUGUUUUUUUGCGAUGCAUGUUUGGGAUUUCUCCUUACAACAGAUACCCCGAGCUGGAGUUCGCCGGAUGGCCUUGGUUGAGCAGGGUAAACUUCUCUACGUUCCUGAAAUCAUUUGCUUAGGAUUUUUAUAUGCAAUCUAACGAUAUCCCAUGGCGUUGUUUGGA